AUGUGUGUAUAUAUACAUAUAGAUAUGUACAUACAGAUAUAAUAUAUACACAUAUCUAUAUAUUAGACCUUGAUAUGAGUCUUUUUCAUUUAUUCCUCUAGCUCAGUUAGUAUACCUUUCCCUCUCACAUGCCUGAUAAACCUUCUGAGAUAAGUUUCAAAUUUGUUCAGGAGAGCCUGCUGCACAUGUUUUAACACUUCCCAUAUGGAGAUAGAUGCUUUUUGGUUCAUAUUACAGGAUAUCUUGGGAGGGUCUGCAGAAACUGUGAGUAUCCAAGGGGAAGAGGCAGGCUGGUCAUCUGAUACUCAGAAAUUCGUCUUCUUAGAGGUUAGUGCGUGCUUCUCAACCUUCCUAAUGCUGCAACCCUUUAAUCCAGUUCCUCAUGUUGUGGUGCACCCCUCCCCCCUGCCCCCAAAACAUAAGAUUAUUUUAUUGCUACUACAUAAUUGUGAUUUUUUUUGAUAGUGUUAUGAAUCAUAGUGUAAAUGUAUGCUAUGCAGCCCAAAGGAGGUUUUGACCCACAGGUUGAGAACUAUCGGGAGAACCCCGGUUCUUGCUCUGUGCCUGGAAUUGUGCCAAGCACUCCAAUAUGUUCUCUCACGUCUUUAGAACGAGCCUCUGGAAGUGUGUAGAGCUACUAUUGCCUUUGAGGGACAUGGUACACAGAACAAUUUAGUAACUUACUCCAAACACACAAAUAUUUUUGCUUCAUGAGUCAGUUGCAAAUGCAGUAGUGCAGAACUAAGCUGUUUAUGUAAGAGAUGCCACUCUUCCUUCCUCUGCCUUUUAUGUGUAUCCAAAGUGCUUUUCAGCCGGAGAAGGCGACUCCAAGUCGGCCUGCUUGAGAGGGCGGUAAACAUAACAGGUAUCUACAGAAGAAGCUCUAUCCUGUUCCUUCAGGUUGGAAAUCUUAAGAACGCUGAGCACUAAAUAUUUGAUUUUAACAAUAUUAGAUUUCUUUUGGGGAGUAGUUGUUCUUGGGGAUCCUUCAGUCUCUCACUCAAGACAUAAAAACUGUCAGAAGUAGGGUGUUAGAUGGAAAGUACGGUGUCAGGCAUGACUGAAGCAAGGAGUAGAGGAGAGAACAGUGUGGAGGAGACAUAGCAAAGGAUUCGGGGGAUGGGAAAGAGAGACAACCAGAGGUGAGGGGAAGGGAGAGGUUUCCUACAGAAUUCUAGGUUCCAAACCACUGUUGGUACCAUCCGGUCAGCAGGAGGACAGAGUACCAUCUUGAUGGUGCAGGGCAAUAGCAGGAAUUCAAGAGGGGCGUUUGAUAGCAAAGGCUAGAAAGUUUCUGUGGGACGGGAAGAACCAAGCAGAGCAAAAGAGACUUCAUAAAGAACUGGGAAGGAAACAUAGUAUCAAACCCAGCUCUAGGCUUAGGGAGUGGAUCCUCACUGGAAACAAGUACAUAGGGAGGAAGGCCUGCUGCUCAUUCUGUCCCUGCAGGAAGCUGCCUGAGAGGAACUCAGCUUCAGAGCUUACACUCAGAAUCCUUAGUGUAAAAUCUUUCUUCACUGUGCUCGCUCUAAGGGAUGGUUGGAUCCGGAGAAGAACUCAUCGCUAGAGACCAAGAGCAAGCCUGUGAUGAUGGGGUGGGGGUCUGCCUCUGAGCAUGCAGAACGCCUCCUUGUCUCAUCCAGGGGUCAAACAUUGUCAGAUCCAGGGCUGAGCCUCUGCCAAAUGACUGUCUGUGAUAAGUAAAGCCAGACGCUAAUGUGGUGCUAAGGGCAGUUCUUAGCCAACAGUCUGCUUUUGCAAUAGACAAGGGUACCCAGCAAGGCAGUACCAACUUUACUUUGAUUCCUAUAGGGAGUCUGAACAUACUGAAAGGAAAUGAUGGAAUUAGGGGUGAGGCUAGUGCUCCGGGCCUCUGAGACUCGGGGAGAGUGGAAAAUUACCAAGGGUUCCUCAGUGUGGAUGCAGAUCUGACCAGCUGUGUAGGCAGGAUUGCUAAAUUUCCUUAGCUCUGCAUCUAAAAAAAAAAAAAAAAAAAAAAAAAAAGGCUUUUUUUUGUCUUUAAGGGGGAAAUGCAUUCUUGACAUCCUUGGAUUAUAGGAGAAACAUGCAUCUUUCAGGAAGAGAGAUAUUCAUCAAGCUGUAAGCGCCACUGUGAUCAGAUAAUUGACCAGACCUUACUGUCACUUUUGUGUGCUGCUUAAACUUUCUCAUGCAGAGAGAUUAACAGGAGCUGAGUCACCCGGAAAUGCGGCAUAAACUAUUAGAAACAAUCAAACCUAAACUACUAGGAGUCAAGUCUUUUAAGGAGUUACAGGGAAUAGACAAAAUUACUUGCAUUGAGUCUAUAAUGUUCAUCAGCCACGACUGAGGGCUACUUACAAAGAGAGCUCAGCAGAGAGUCUAGUCAGAGAGUGUAUUUCACCAGGGAACUCACAGUGUGCCAUCUCCCUCCCUCUUCUUCCUAGACCCUGUUUAGGCAGAAUGUCCCAGAUUCUAAGAAUCACUUGUGCCUCUGUGUGUGUGUGCGAGAGAGAGAGAGAGAGAGAGAGAGAGAGAGAGAGAGAGAGAGAGAGAGAGAGAGAGAGAGAGAAUAUGCAUGUGUGGGAUCAGAGGACAACUUCUCAGAAUCCAUUUUCUCUUUCUACCACGUGGGCUCCAAGGAUCAAAAGCAGGCCAUCAGGCCAUCAGACUUGCUCACUGCAAGCAGUUUUACCAGAUGAGCCUCUUUACAUGACCAACUUGCAGUAUCGCGGCUGCCAUAUUUUGCUGAGCCAAUACGAAUACGUGGAUAGACACCCGCACAUUCCUCAUUGCUGAAAUGAGAAAUUGAACCAGAUUGUAGCUAACUAUCCCCCAUCCAUAAAAACACAUGAUCAAUGUAGGAUGUAGCACCUUCCCCCUGGAUCAUGAAUCCCACCUCUGAGCGAUACUGCAAACCCCGUUUCAUACACAUUCGGGCUAUUCUCACACCAAAGCGAUUCUCUUCCUAUUGAUCCGCAUUUCCUUUUAUUCCCAGUCCUUAUGUUGAGCUGAUGGACUAAACUACAAAUCCGUUUUCAGAUGCUCCUUCUCUGAACUAGAGCCAUAACUAAGGUAAAUCAGCUGUCGUAGGGACGCGAUUGUGCUGACACUCGCUGACAUUAGCAAUCAUAGGACUAGUCCUGCAGGGGACGAAUAUCACAAUCAAUCCAGGUUGCCGGUGCUCUGUUAACUAUGGCUGAAGAGCUCCAUUUUGUGUUUUCCGUGGUGCUAGUUUUUCAUUCUUAUAGAGACACAAAUGUCUGAGCCGGAAAGGAUUGUUAGAGGCCCGUGGAAGCGGAGGUGUUUACCUCCUUCAUCCUGUUUCCUGGUGAGCGAAGUGAAAGAUUUUUGCGAAGUGGAAAGAUGUUGCCUUUAUUUGCUGCUUGUAAGCGACGCUCAGUGAUGCUGCACAGCCUUCGUGCGGACCUUCCUGCGCACCAUUACUGCCGCCGUGAUUAGGUGUAAUGUGUAUUAUUAAGUUCCCCGAGGCUGGGCGUCCUUUCUCCAUGAGGUCACAGAACUGGAAAGGGUUGGUUCUAACAUGAGCUCCUGCGUGUACAUUUCCUGGAGAAUCACCAUCAGAUCAUCUUCUUCUCUUCAAAUCUCCUCAAUAAGUUGGUUAUUGCUCUAUAAGCGACGGUAUCUAGAUAACCAUUGGGGAUUUAAACAUUCCUUCCUUUUUCUAUAGUACAGAUGGAUCUCCAUGACAGCAAGCGCCUUAUCCCCCAUUCGAAGGCCCGCUGUGAUGGGAAUUUUCUCACAUCUAAAUCAUGUAACAAAUGUAUUUCUUUUAUACACAGAUUUACUAUUGCUUUUCACUGUAAAACGAAGUAUCAGACAGAAACAACUCAACAGAAGAAUUGUUUGGCUUUGGCUUAUAGUUUCACAGACCCAUCUUGGUCAUGAAAUGCAGUUUACAUCAAGGAGGCCAGGAAUGAGAUAAUGUACUAUAUUUCAAGGAAUGGCAUACAUUCAGUAUAGGCCUACUUUUUUCUGACUAUUUUCAAUUUAUUAUUGGCUGGACUAGCAGAUGUGAGACCCUUGAAACUGGAUAGGCAGCAGUAGUCACCUCUGUCAUUGUUGGGUAGCAUCAUCUCCGUUAAGAAAACUGAGUGCCCAAGUAGAGUUCACACCAAACCUAUGGCUCUACGAUGUAGAGUCUACACCACUAAAACCAUUUGCAAAAGCAGGCGGCAGUCAGGAUUGGGCCUUAGGUUAUGGGUUGCCAGCACCCUGCAUGAGUUGAUGGAUACCAUGUGUUCUGAUGAGUUUUAGACCUUUCAGUCUUUAGAAAGGGAGAGGCAGGGAAGCAGCCAGAGACAGUGAGUUUUCCACACUGUCAAGAUGGCCUGCACCACAGGCACAGGGAAUAAGGCAGAGCAUCCAAAGAUUGAGGGAUGAGGAGGAAGAAAGAGAGUGGGGAGGAAGAGCUUGGGGAAGGGUCUUUCAUAGACUUCAGAUCGGCUCUCCUUUUGGUUAUACUGGCAUAUGAGCAGAGCACAUCUAAGCAAUGCUCAGCAUUUGCCGGCAACAGCAACAACAAUAGCAACAAAAACAACAAUAACAGCAAUGACAAGAGCAACAGCAACAACAACAGCAGCAGCAGCAGCAACAACAGCAGUAGCAACAAUAGCAGCAACAACAGCAGUAGCAACAAUAGCAGCAACAACAGCAGUAGCAACAAUAGCAGCAACAACAGCAGUAGCAACAAUAGCAGCAAUAACAGCAGUAGCAACAAUAGCAGCAACAACAGCAGUAGCAACAACAGGAACAAUAACAACAACAAAAAUGUCCUCAAUAACCUGGAAUCUUAUUGUUUCAUAGCCGAAGCCCAUCCCUUUGCAGAAGAUGAUCAUAAUAUGAGACCAAGGAAAGGGUAAAAUGAAGAGACUUCUUGAAAACCCUUCCCUAGAAGGAUUAUGGACAUCUGUGGAAGGAAGGCAUCUGGGGACAGUUAAAGUGCUGACUCCACAAACACGUGACUUCAGAAGACCUGUAAACUUUACUCUCGGUGCCUUAGGUUUGUCAGUAUCUCUGUCUUCAUGACCCUCAGAUUUACCUCUCCCUUCGAAUAUGGCCACAUUUUAUCAGGGAGCAAAAUGUAUCCCAUUCAUUAAGUGUUGAAUGCUAGAUUGAAUAUGUAUCAGGUCAUGGGAAGAAGGGAGCUUUGGCAUCUCGGAGAAGCCGACAUUUCCUGGUGAUAGAUGGCGCCUCUUUGCCCCAUCCGUGAUGGGCCGGCCAUUCAUCACAGUCCGUGCAAAACAGAAGGAGAACUUGUGGAGAGAUUUAGGGUUAAGAGCUGGCCCUGGGCCAGAUGAGGUCACCUGAUUUUCCCCCCUUUCCUCCUGGAGUCUGAGACUCUCAGAGAGCUUGGCCUGCUACAGCUUCACCCAAAUCUAAAUCAGUGUGAUGGCACACCAGGGAGCUUACAUUUUAUGACUUUUGUCCAAUUACGCGAUGAGAGAUGGGAGACAGGAACAGAAGAAUUCAGGAAUUAAACAUUUGCCUCAGGUUUUAUAGCCCCUAAAUGAAGCCCUUAAGUUCUGUCUGGAAGACCUGAGUCAGGAAGGCAGUGUGUGAGACGAGUUGCUUCGUUGUUAUGACAGUCCUCUGCACUCUUAGACCUUACUUAAUAAAUUGCCACUUCACAACCAAUUGCCCAUAAAUUACUGGAUUGAAAGUGUCAGUCCACCUUGUCAAAGAACCGGAAUUAUAGCAGAAUAGGGCUUCAGGAAGAUCACUAGAGAAGGAAGGGAAAUGAGACACAAUUGCUUUCAGACAUUUAAUUCUACUGAUGACUUUUUCUGGGCCAAGAGAGGAGCUAGGUAACCCCUGCCCUGGUGUGGACUGGGUCAGUUUCUCUCUUGGUUUGCCAUCUGUGACCUUCUCUUUGCUCCUCUCCCCCACCUCCUGAUGAAAAGGCAAAUUUUAUACGGCAGGGAGACGCCGUAAGUACAACCAACAAGAGACUCUCUAAACAAAGGAAAGCUCUGGGUUAGUAAGCAUGUGUACGUGUGUUCAUGCAUGUUCAUGUGUCUACAGGUUAGGUGCAUAUGUGUGUAUGUGUAUUGGGGGACAGAAGAAUUUCUUUGGUAUCUUCCUCAGUGGCUUCCCUGCCUUAUUUUCUUUGGGGGGGGGGGAGUUCCUCUCUUUUAUCUGGAACUCACCCAGUUAAGUUAAUGUGAGUGGCCAGCAAACCCAGAGAGCCUCCCUAUCUCUGCCUCCCAUCCUCAGCACUGAUAUUAAAAGCACGAGCCACCACACCCAGUCUUUCAUGUGACUUCCGGGGACCAAACUCAUGACCUCAUGCUUGCAUGCCAAGCACAUUACCCCACUGAGCCAUCUCUCCACCCAUAAUAAUUUUUAGGAGAGGAGGAAACAGCUCUUAUGUUGGAAGGAAACAUGCUGGUGUUUGAGGGAAAUGGCUUCUGAUGCCUGGGCUCCGUUUCGUUCCGACCUAGUAACUGAGUUAGAGAAUCGCAUCUCUGCCCGCCUCCCAGGCUGGUAUUCGGCUCUCUGACCAUAGCUCGCAACAGCAGACAGCAAGCAGAUGAGGUUUUCCCUCUACUGAACCUGUCUUAGGCAAAGCCCUCAGAACAAGGCUAGGCUGUCUGUGGUGCUUGCGACUCUGCCUUUUAAGCUGUCUGCAAUCACGAAGAGCUCUCCAGAGGGUGAAGCUAUAUCAAGCUUUAAUUCUCUAGUUAGUUUUCUUGUAACCAUAUAAUUUGCUUCCUUGGCUUUCCCUUUCUUUCUGCAACUUUUCACUCAGUAAGUCAGCUUGUUGUCCUCUCCAAGCCUGUUAGACAGAGAACAAAACUAAAACAGUUACAUAGAAACUUCCAACACUGCAAAGUCAAAAAACAAAACAAAACAAACAAAACAAACAAACAAAACAAACAAACAAACAAAAAAAAAGAAGGGAAGAGAUUCCCGUUCCUCAAAGUCUGUGUUGCAUAGUUUGGCUCUUUCUCUCUUAAACUGCCGCCCUCCCCACCUUCUCUUGUUCUUUCUUCGUGUUUGGCUGACAGUCUCUGUGUCUAUAAAUAGUAAGUGUUAACUCAGAGCACCAGUCUCUCACAUAGGUGUUCCACUUUCCCGACCUUGCAAGCAUGCACGCACUGAACCGUGGUCUCCAAACCGUAAAAGAGAAGUUUAAAGCACAACUCCAGGUAAUCAGGGUCUACGGAUUUUACCAUGGGUUCAUACACAAGCAUUAGUUAAUGAGAGUUUAUGUCAGAGGCAAGACUGUUCUCAAAGGUCGCGUGCGAAUGCCCUAAUGUUCCACAGACCCAUCCAUUUUCGUACAUAUCUGGUAUCUAACAAAUAACCAGUGGUAAAUGUAUUGAGUUUUGAGUUCUAGGGUGAUUCUGAAACCUGCCCCUCUGCUUCUGACUUUAAAUAAACCUUAUUUUCAAAAUAAUAUUUGCCAAAACCCCAGUCUACCUGAUUAUAGCAAUCAAGAUGUUUUGGGUAUAUUGAGUGUAUUUUGAAAAUGCAUGGUUUAAUUAUGACAUUUUCCAUGUCCCCUCUCCUAUAAUUAUUUCUCUCUGCAUUAGGCUCAUCCUGAGUAGCCCGAGAGCUAUCUGCAAGAGGAAAAAAUGAAUAAGUGGAAAAUUAAAUGCCCAGUUAACUAGAGACGUGGUUCUGUACAGAUAUGGAAAACAAGUCAUAUCCUAAAAAUACAGUCCACUCUUCUUGAAGGGCCGGGGAUAAACAAACUUAGUGUUACUCAAGCUGAUCAUAUGCUACUAAUUUACUGCCCAGCUUUUCCAUUAAACUCUCCACGGGUGACUCCAUAUAACAAUUAAGUUUAGCGUAAGUCCAGAUUCAGGUAAUGGAUUAAAGUUGAGCACAGAUCCUUUUGAAAAGGCAGCAUGUAACCGUGGACUGCCUUAGAGUUUCCAACAUGAAGACUUUCAUAAACGCAAGAUAAAGCAUGCUGAUGCACACUGCUCUGAAUCUUUUUAUAAAACAAAACAAAACAAAACAAAAAAAGCUUGGGAGACGUAACGUAAAAUCAAGAGUCAUUGCGUAAAGUCAGACAGGUGCCUGGGAAACUGGACCUAAAAGUUUCCGGAUGAUACACAGGGAGUAUGCCAGGUGGUGGAGAGCCAAGAUGGUGCCAAGGAACUGAUGCUUCAUGCAGAAUCAAAGAGAGGCAUGUGCACAUCUGUCUGUAUUGGAUGUCCUUCGUCCUCAACUGACACAGUUACAUAGUAAAACAAUAAAAAAGUGAAUUAGCUUUUUGGAAUCCUGAAGUCAUACAAUUCUUUGUAAGAGGUUUGAUAGCAAGAUACACCCAACUUCAAAUGCAUUCUAUGAUUUAAUAGUUGUCUGAGUUUAGACAAGUACUGCAUCCUCUAAGUGGCCCACCUUUCAGCCUUUCAGGGGUGCUAUGACCUCAUAGGUAAUCCCUAUAGGACCCCAGCAUGUAAAACUCAUGCCCUCAUUCAAAAACCUGACAUGCUGUUUAGAGAUUAAAACUCUUUGCUUCCAAGAACAAAUGUUUCAGGCCAUAGUCAGAUUUUCCUGUAGAGUAAAUAAGGUUGUAGAAACAGUAUCCAUUCGGAAACUCUUUGGAGGCAGUAAUUUUUAAGGAGUAACCAUGAGUUAUGGAUAAUUAAGCAUUAGUGAGACUCAGGACAUACCUUCAGUGACCCUCUCUCCUGUCCUGCCAGCAGGAGGCAGCCACAUGACCAGCAGGGACAUAUUGAGUGUAUGGACCAUUAGCAAAUUGAAGAAGACCCAAAUAAAAUAUCCAGGUUCAGAUUGGACUCUUGUGAUUUCACUGACGAAUAUUCUACCUAGACAAUCUAUGUGCAGGUAUGGAAAUAGGUUCUAGCCUUACAUGGCUCCAAUAAGCAUUGCGAGUCCUCCAUACAUUCCGUAUGGUGCUGUUAACAUGCACGUACGGUGAGUGUGCUGUCCCGGUUACAUCAUUGAGUGGGCUACCUGGGGGACAGCCUGCACGGCUAUGAGGCUAAAGCUCAGAUUCGGAUGAACAUCUAUCAGAGAUAGAUAGAGGGCAUCUAUCUGGCGGUUGAUACUGGAAAGCCGGGCUGGAGAGAUGGCUCAGUGGUUAAGAGCACUGACUGCUCUUCUAGAGGUCCUGGGUUCAAAUCCCAGCAACCACAUGGGCUCACAACCAUCCGUAAUGAGAUCUGAUGCCCCCUUCCAGUGUGUCUAAAGACAGCUACAGUGUACUUGUAUAUAAAUAAAUAAAUAAAUAAAUAAAUAAAUAAAUAAAUCUUUUUUAAAAAAAGACUGGUAAACCUUUGACAUCCCUACCCUUCUGUAUUCUUAUCUAUAAGAUGAGAGUGCCUGCCCUAUAUAUUGCUAAAAGCUAUUGGUGAUUCAAAUUAAGAUAACAGAGCAGACUGAAAGUUACCUCAUUCAUAUAUAUAUUGAAAUUUUUCUUUUGAAACAAUUCAAGAAGAAUGUGAGAUAUGUGUGCUUCUCAAAAGAGAACUUGAAGGGUCAGAAAAGAAGCCCUAAAAAAGGUAGUAAAAUCAGCCUGGUCCAAGAAAGAGCUAGACAUCCUGAAUAUUCAUAGAAGUAUACGAUUUAGCUAUUUUGGCCAAGGUUACUGAUGCCAAAUCCUGGCAGUCAUACCUAAUGGCUGAACUUGAGCUCUCAGGAGUAUUCCAUGCUCCGAGGCCCUCAUCUCCCUGGAAGCUGCCUCUCUGGGCCCCCUUCUCUCCCACAGUCACUCUCUUAGUUCCAUGUCCUUAUCCUGUUGUUAGCAUGAACUAUGCAUACCUAGGACUGGAUCCUGACCCUCCUGUGGCAGCAUCCCAAGCAGGUCUCCAGGCUGGCCAGUGGGACUCACCUUAAAAGCACAGCACUCUUCCAUAGCUCACAUCCUGGCCACCUGCCUCGCACUUCAACAUUUCACACUGCACCUUCCCUGGCUAGCUAGUUCCUCCAAGCAUGGGAGACCCCGACCUUCUAUGUGCCCAUCCCCCUCACCAUGCACUUUCAAGUAUAUAUCUGUGGUAACUCCUAGUUUCAACCUCUCUGUUAAGACAUUUUAGUCUAUCCCACAACCUACCCAGGCUGUACACUAAGAGGCUGAGGAGACAGCUUGGUUUGAAAAAUGCUUGACUUGUGAGCUUGGGUACCACAGUUCAUUCCCCGGAAUCCAUGGGUUUUUUUCUUUGUUUUUUUUUUAAAUGUUUGUGUGGUGCUAGAAGACAGAGCCAGAGCCCUGGAGUUUACUGUCUAGUCAGUCUAGCCUCUUUUAUCAGUUCUAGGUCUCAAAAUAAGAUGGGAAGGCAUUUGAGAGAGAACACCCCGAGGCUGUUCUCUAAUGCCUGUGUGUCUGGGCACGCGCCCAUAACAUCUCUACACUGGAUUUAUCUGAAUAUCUAAUCCUAUUCUUGGACCAAUAGCUUUCUUUACUUCCUGUUUGUCUACACUGACAACUGAAUAUACCUCUUUAGUCUAUUUUCAUUCAGAUAUUUAUUGAGGGUCUAGAGUACCGGGCUGUUUGCUAGAGGAGGAACAUUCAGUAGUGAGAAUUAACAGUCGCGGCCCCACCUUUCAUAGAGAUAUACCUAUAUAAUGUAGUCAAAAGCAUUAGUGAUAUAACAACAACAACAACAACAAAAAAAAUCAACACAUUCACAUCUGUGAUCAGAAAAAGAUAGAAAAUCACCUGCAGGUCUCUGAGCUAGUUAGGCAAGUCCACGGAGGAGUUCCAGAAGAUUUGAUAGACGUUGCAACACUGUAGAAGUUAACAAGCAUAGAACAGAAAGAUAAAAGGACACAUUCAAGGCCACCUUAAGGAUUUCACUCUCCAGUUCUCAGAACAAUGGGAAGCCCUUCAGGAUCGUCAACAGAAAGCACACAGAGAAAUUUGCAUUUCAAGAGUUCUUCUUGACCCCGGGGAGGACACAUUUGAGGAGACAAUCGUGAAUCUGGGAAAGCCUUCUUCGGGAGACUCUUCAAGACAUUCAAACCAGAAAUGACAUCGUGUGGAAUGGGAAGAUAGCGUGGGACUGAGUGAAGGAAAAUUUGAACUUGGAAGUCAGUAGCAUCCCUGUGAAGCACUAGUGUGUGAUCCAAAUAUGUGUGUUCAUGUGCGCACACACACAUGCCGGGAAGUAUACAUGGAGAGAGACCGCCACAGAGUUAUCUGGAAGUCCACCAAGUAACGGCACAGCCAACAAGAUGAACGGAGCUUUGGAUCAUUCCGACCAGCCAGACCCAGAUGCCAUUAAGAUGUUUGUCGGACAGAUCCCUAGGUCCUGGUCAGAAAAGGAGCUGAAAGAACUUUUUGAGCCUUAUGGAGCUGUCUACCAGAUCAACGUCCUCCGGGACCGGAGUCAGAACCCUCCCCAGAGCAAAGGUUGUUGUUUCGUAACAUUUUAUACAAGAAAAGCUGCACUUGAGGCCCAGAAUGCACUGCACAAUAUUAAAACUUUACCUGGGAUGCAUCAUCCCAUUCAGAUGAAACCUGCAGAUAGUGAAAAGUCAAACGCUGUGGAAGACCGAAAAUUGUUCAUAGGAAUGGUUUCCAAGAAGUGUAACGAGAAUGACAUCAGAGUGAUGUUUUCUCCCUUCGGUCAGAUAGAAGAAUGCCGGAUUCUCCGGGGACCUGACGGGCUGAGUCGAGGCUGUGCGUUUGUCACAUUUUCUACCAGGGCAAUGGCACAGAAUGCAAUCAAAGCCAUGCAUCAGUCUCAGACCAUGGAGGGCUGCUCUUCACCUAUCGUGGUGAAGUUCGCUGACACUCAGAAGGACAAGGAGCAAAGGCGCCUCCAGCAGCAGCUUGCACAGCAGAUGCAACAGCUCAACACUGCCACUUGGGGGAACCUGACAGGACUGGGUGGACUUACCCCACAGUACCUGGCGCUUCUGCAGCAGGCCACCUCCUCCAGCAACCUGGGUGCAUUCAGUGGCAUUCAGCAAAUGGCUGGCAUGAAUGCUUUACAGUUACAGAAUCUGGCAACGCUGGCUGCAGCUGCAGCUGCCGCCCAAACCUCAGCCACCAGCACCAAUGCAAACCCUCUCUCCAGCACAAGCAGUGCCCUGGGGGCCCUCACAAGUCCCGUGGCUGCUUCAACCCCCAAUUCUACUGCUGGUGCAGCCAUGAACUCCUUGACCUCUCUUGGGACUCUGCAAGGAUUGGCUGGAGCCACUGUCGGAUUGAAUAAUAUUAAUGCACUAGCAGGUACCAUAAGCAGUAUGGCGGCUCUGAAUGGAGGACUUGGCGCCACAGGCUUGACGAAUGGUACGGCUGGCACCAUGGACGCCCUCACGCAGGCCUACUCAGGAAUUCAGCAGUACGCGGCAGCUGCACUGCCCACUUUGUACAGCCAGAGCCUGCUGCAGCAGCAGAGCGCUGCAGGCAGCCAGAAGGAAGGUCCAGAGGGGGCAAACCUCUUUAUUUACCACCUUCCACAGGAGUUUGGAGACCAGGACAUUCUGCAGAUGUUCAUGCCCUUUGGAAAUGUUAUCUCUGCUAAAGUCUUCAUUGACAAACAGACCAAUCUGAGCAAGUGCUUUGGUUUUGUUAGCUAUGACAAUCCAGUCUCUGCACAAGCUGCAAUCCAGGCUAUGAACGGCUUUCAGAUCGGCAUGAAACGCUUGAAGGUGCAGCUGAAGCGCUCCAAAAACGACAGCAAACCUUACUGAUCCUAACCCCAGAAGCUCCCUGCUCUUAUUUUAGCUUUCUUAGGACAUCUUCAUGCCCGUUAGUCAUCGUUUGCCUAGCAUGUCCCUGUGGCGUCUCAAAAACAGUUUCAUCGUCCCGUCAUUGUUUCUGAUGUCUUUCUGACCUCACGUCAUAUUUGGUUCUCUCCUACUGACCUUUGAUCUAGUUUUGACCUUUGAAAUUUGCAUGUGACCUCAUCUCGCUAUGAAUUCUGGGAAGUCAAUGUGAAAAACAUUGCUGCAUUCAUGCAAGACUGAAAUUAUUAGACAAAUUAUAGAAAACAAAACCUGUGGCUAAAAUGUUUCUUUCUUAUUUUUUUUUUCUUUUCAUAAAACAGACUUGAAAGUAUUACACAGGGAUUGGCAUUCUGCCCGGUCACUGGUGACAAUAGCAAUAUGUGUCCAGGGACACAGAAUGUUGGUUUCUAACAGACUACUUCCAAAAACAGUUUGAGAAAAAAAAACUGUCUGAUUUUAAGUCUCUAGAGGUCUGUAAUAGUUUUUACAUUUUUCAGGCAGUGUAAAGUUUUUGAUAAGGCCAUUUUACGUGGCUCACUUUCUCAUUAAGAUAUAUAUAGAGAACCACUUUUUGUAGAUUAGUAUAAGAAAAUAUUUACCCUGUUUUGGGGCAAAUGCUACCUAUUUGUGUCACCUUUUGCUGAACUGACUCACAGUUAGACAAUCCAUGGUUUAAUGCACAUGAAAUUACCUAUAUUUUAUACUGUUCCAAUGUACAGGAGAAAGCUACUGUAAACUGCGUCAUGUCGGUGCUUCUGUGGAUUAAGUUGUGGUCUCAUCAUGAGUCUUAAGGUCUUAAUGUUAUUUGUUGAUAAGACAAGCUUAGAAUUGGUUUACUUAUAACAAAAAGAAUUUCAAAAAAAAAAAAGUUGUUUGCUUAAAAAAAAAAUUUAAUGUGAGAAAAAAAAAAAAACAAACUAUUCCAGAAUAAGUUUGUGUUGGCUUGAGAAAGCAUUGAUGUCACCUUUUUUAUUGUGGACUAUUAGAUGUGUUUGUGUUCAGCAAAAUGUGAUCUGUUUUUGUUUUUUCUUUUAAAGAAAAAAAAGUGAAAACUAUCUAGUGCCAAAUUCCAAAGGUACUUCCUUCCUAGAGCUCCGCGUGUUUCCUGUGAGAAGUAAUUUGAUAACAUGGUAUUUUAUUAUGUGUUUUGUAUAAAUCCCUAAUAUUUAAAACAAAAAAAAAAAAAGGUUACAAAGUUUGUUAACUUGCUACUCCGUGGUCUUGUUGCCUGAAAUUGUUAUUGUUCGUUAUUUCUCUAUGCUGUUUUGUAAGACAUUGUAUAAGUGCCCGUGUGUUACUUUUCUAAUCACCCUCCACAUCGAUGCUAUGACAGCAACCCUCACAAUGUAUUCUCUUCACAAUGUCUGCAAACCUCCAAGGUGAGAAAGUCCUGAACUUUUAACCCUUUCUACCCAGAGCUAUCUGGAAUGUUGGUAACUUUUUAUACUGUCAUCCUUGGGUUUCUUUUGGGGUGUUUAGAUUUUUUUUCUCCAUUUGUAUCUUCUGAGUUUUUUGUUUUUUGAGACACCCACCCACCCAAAAACUCUUAAGUCUUUUUCCUAAACCAUGUUUUAUUUUUCUUUUUUAUCCCCCCUCUUCCUUAUUAUUAUCCUAUGCUCCUUUAGUUUAAAUGUAAGAGAUUGAGCAAAUCCUAUGAAGGUAAACGUAGGUAGAUUUUUAGCCCCUACACAAACCCUAAAGACAAUGUCUGCUUUUCGAGAUGGGGUUUCAUGGUAUGUCCUAGUGUACAAUAUUUUUAUACACCCUGGAGUUAAUGGCUUUUUUUGGUGGUCUACUCUUUCAAGAAACGUUGCUUUUGUUUCUUAAACACCCCUAUGUAAUGCUGAGUCAGUCAUUCCGCCCGGGAUUCUCAGACUCCUGUGGACACCUGAAUGAGAAAGGUGUCUUCACGCAAAUCCCUCAGGCCUUUCCCUGCCUCUCUGGGUCCCUAGGGGGUUUUGAUCUUUAGGUGAACACAUUUCAAGUGGCUGGCCAUGUAAGAGGAGAUCAGAGCUGCUCUUCACCACAGUUACUAACCAAAUACCAGGACUAGAUCCUGCUGUCAUUUUUGAAAGUGCCAUAUUCCUCUGAGUCUGGCUUCUUAUGAGCAGAUGUCUUGUUCUCACAGACCCCAAUGUCCUACCUACAGUCCCAGCACUCGCCCAGUCUCUGGGAAAACAAACCCUGCAAGCUCCUGGUCUCAGCUCCCCUUCCUUCUCACCCUGCCUCCAUUUGGUUUAAUGUGUGUGUGAUUGUGAUAGCCCUGAGAUGGAAAGGAUUAGCCUCUCACAAUGCAAAAAAAAAAAAAAUUCCCUCCUUACAGCACGAGCACUUCCUGCAAUGCCGCGGUCUGUGUCCCCCACACCUGUUUACCACUGCCGGGGCCUUCUUCGUCCUCGAGGGCUAUUUUGUACUUCCGCAGCACUCAGCGCAGUAACAGUGACCACACAUUUCUCAGUCUCUCUGUGGUGGUGUAGGCACACAUGUAGACACACAAGACAACUCCAGUCGUAUUUCAUAGACCGUCUCGUUCAGAAUCUAUUCAUUUACCAACGGCAUAAAUGACAACAACAAAGAAAAUUCUUGAAUUUUUCCCCCAUGGAAGCAAACCGUCGUCCUUCCUCUUAAUCCACCUGCGGCCGCAGAGGCUCGGGCCAGGCAGGUACUUUCUGUUGAGUGCUUCUGACUUUGCAGGCAACCAAGACAGUACAUUGAGGGGGAGGUUUUUGGUUUUGCAUGUUUCAUUGUUAGAAAGAUAGCCUUCCUCAGAGACAAACUGUCCUUUAUCUCUCAGUAUCAAACGGAAAAAGCUGCAAGGGUGCACAGGGCCUGUUUCCGGAAGACAAAACACAGGGAAACUGCAUUUUUAAAAAUCACGUGUAAAGCAUAGACUUUAAAACUCACUCAGAGACUCUGAUUGACGGCACCUCCAAGGUGUGACAGCUCAUCUUUCCUUCACCGCAGGGGUUCUAGGUCCUUGGCUUGUGCUACUCUGGAAUCAUUUACUGUUUCUGUUUUUAUUAUCUUAAGUGCUAAUUAAAAAAAAAAUAAAACUUAAAAAAAUGUAGUUUCAUUACCUUUUGAAUAAUGUCAUACAAAAAACUGUAUUUGUGUUUUUGUGCUGUGGGAAUUGUUGUUUGUAGAUUAAUAAUACCAUUUUGUUUAGAACUACAAAAUAGUUUUUAAAUAUUGUCUGAGAAAAGCCAAAGUUAAUGCAACCUAGUGGAAACUGUAAGACCAUUUGAGUAUUGUUUCUGUUGUAUUGGUGCAUUUGGAUUUUGUUGUUUGAUGGAAUUUGAGCCAAAAAACAAAAACGCAGGCUUUCCUAUUUCUACAGCCGAUUGUCCUUAUGCAUUUUGUACCAGUGGGAUUUUUUAUACUGGAGAUUAAAAAAAAUGGAAAUUUUUGUGGCUUACUCUCGUGGGCCCCCUGACAAUGACUGAUUUCAAGUUUGAUUUCUGGUUGAUAGAAAGAGAGUUGCUUUCCUUUUAAGAAUUAAAAACUUUGGCUUGAUUUCUUUUUUUCCCUUUGCUUAUAUCUAGCAUUAGAAUUUUGUCUUAAAAUACAGCGGUAAGUUUCACUCUUUAUUCUGUACUGUGCAGUUACACAAUAAGAUAAUUAGAUUUAGAAGUACUCAGUCACUUUAAGUGGAUAAAUGUAUUAGUUAAACUUUAGGAGUUUGCUUUUUGCUGUUUAGAUCGAAGUUUUUUCUGACCCUUCUGUCCUCAUUGUGAACAUAACCGUGUAGUUGAAACAGUCAGACUUAUUUUUGUAAUGUAUGUUAUUGUGUGAUGCGGUUUUUUGCUUCUGUCUCCAAUAUUAAACCAUUUUCCUAAUA